UUCGUUAAAAUAUAAUUAAGUACUCUACUAAUAUUCUAAAGUUUGUUAAAAAUAACAAAAUAAUUCACUAAUUCUAAAGUUUUAAUUUCAAAAUUCGCGCUGUUUUUAGCACGCACUUUUUGGUAAAUGUAAAUGUAAAUGUAAAUAUACGGUAAAUGCAUAUGUACAUGUUUAAACUCGUGGUGAAUCUUUGUGUCCUUUGUGUAUAGUGAUCAAUGGACGAGUAAAUAGAGUAAAUAAUGAUGAAAUUCGACUUUUCGUGUAUGUCAUUUUCGUUUAGAAAAACAAAAUUGCAGUACUUAUAACGGAAGAAUAUUAUUACUUACGUGUACCAAUUAAUUGAAACAUUCAUGCUUAGUUGACAAUAACUGUUCGAAUAGAAAGGUUUAAAAAACCAUAAAGUCACCAUGAGACCGGGUCAAAGAAGACAACCAGGCUUACAAUAUGGAAUUUAUUUAUUGGGUUUGCAAGCUUUAAAUUUUGGUGUUGACAAAAUUCCUCCAGUCACUUUAAUUGGAAUUGCUGCUCAGGCUCUUCUUUAUAUGGGCGUAAUUGAAGUUGGAUGGAAUGCAGAAGAUGUUUGUAUAUCAACAUUAAAAGUACUGAAAUAUCGUGAUUGGCGAUCAUUUAUCGUUUCAAAUUUUGAGCACGGUUCGGACAUGCAUCUUUAUUAUAAUAUGGUUUCUUUCAUUCUGAAAGGACAUUAUUUGGAGCCAAUGUAUGGAUCGGCAAAUUUUGCACUACUCUUGGGACUUUUAUCAAUGGGAUGCAGUGCGAUGUACGUCGGCAUUGGAUACGUCCUCACUCAAAUAACAGCAGAUUACUCGUACUUUACUGCUUGUGCUAUUGGAUUUUCCGCUGUUCUAUUUGCCUUAAAAGUGAUUGUCGUUUGCGAGGAACACGAUAGAAUGCACAACGUCGGAGGCUUUAGAAUUCCAAGUAAAUUUGCCGUGUGGGCCGAAUUAAUUUUAAUUCAUCUACUCGUACCAAAUGCAUCAUUUAUUGGACAUCUCGGUGGAAUUCUCGUUGGAUGCUUAUAUUGUUACACUUUUAUCGGCGAAUUUGUAGACGGUAAACUUUCUUCUUUAACCGGUAAACCAAUUAUACACGAAGAACAAUUUUAUCGAAGACGAGGUAAUUUUUUUUCAUUUAGAUAAAAUUUCCAAACGUGCGUGAAAAAAAUUUAUUUAUAAAAAUAGAAUAUUUUGUGAAUAGAAAUCUCGCUGUGAUAACUUUUGAUAUAUAAAUUUUUUCAGUAAUUUACAUAUACAAUUUCAGAAAAAAACAUAUAAUUUAAAAUACAAUAUGAAAAAAAUUUAUUUAUUAAAUAUUGUACAUUAAUUUAUACAAAAGUA